UUGGUUCUGAAAUCACAGGAAAAAGCCAAAAGCAAGCUGCCACCUUCAUUAAACAAUCUCUGUUUCUUCUGAUUUCUGGAAUUUCAUUGCUUUCAGAGAAGGAACAGGGGGGAUUCAAACAUUUCAAAGUUAUGUAUGUGUUUUUGUGUUUGUGUUUGUGUUUGUUUUUUGUGGUGGGGCUCUCUUUCUUUCUUUCUUUCUUUCUUUCUUUCUCACAUACACACAUACAUAGACUAAGAAUCAAAGCAAAGAAAGAGAGACGUGGGAAACCAGCAAGGAAACAAUACAUUUAUUUUCAGGAAAUGCAGAGCCAAGUGAGUAGUACAACUACUAAUAGUAAUCUCUUAUCUGUUGAUGCAAAGCCAAGGCUCAAAUGGACUAGAGAACUCCAUGAACGUUUUGUUCAUGCUGUUUCUCAACUUGGAGGAGUUGAGAAAGCUACACCAAAAUCAGUAAUGAGAAUGAUGGGAGUUCCUGGACUCACUCUGUAUCAUUUGAAGAGUCACUUGCAGAAAUACAGACUUUCAAAGAUUAGAGAUCAUGACAGCAAAAAACAAGAGAUUUGUGAGCUUGAUGAUGCAUGCAAACAACAGUCCAUGAAUGAGACUGUGUUAAGAAUCCAAAUGGAAGUGCAGAGGAAAUUGCAGGAACAAAUAGAGGUACAGAAGCACUUGCAAAUAAGAAUUGAAGCACAAGGGAAGUAUCUGCAGGCAGUGUUGAGAAAAGCACAAGAAACACUGGCAAGUUAUGCAUCAAAUUCAAUGGGAGUUGAAGAAGCAAAAGCAGAGAUAACAGAGCUGGUUUGUGCAGUGGAUAGUGAGUGUUUGAGCUCUGGUUUCAUGGUGACAAAGAGAGAGACAAGACAACAGCAUGGUGAUUGCUCCAUUGAUAGUUGCUUGACAACCUGUGAGAAGACAGAAGGGAAUAAUGAAGAGUUUGGUGAGACUAAUCCAGAUUGCAGGAAAGUAUGUGAUCAAGAGGAACAGAGAUUUCAAGAGAAACAAGAGUUUGAUCUUAAUAGUUAGCUUGGGUUUCUUUUUUCCCUUCUUUCUUUUUUAAUCUUUUUAAAUGUAAUUUGUGUGUAUGGGAUAUGAAUAGAAUGGGGAAUCUGACAAAGGUUUGCAGA